AUCUUCGGGUGGGAAGCCCAUAGUUGCCUGAGUAAGAAGAGAAGGCUCCAAUGGAUCCGUUUGUGAUUCUGGUGCUCUGUCUGUCCAGUUUGCUUCUCUUUUCACUCUGGAAACAGAGCUAUGGGAAAGGGAAGCUCCCGCCUGGCCCCACUCCUCUCCCGAUUAUUGGAAAUAUCCUACAGUUAGAUAUGAGGAACAUCAAGAAAUCCAUGCAAAAUCUCUCAGAAGCCUAUGGCCCAGUGUUCACUCUGUAUAUUGGCAUGAAGCCCACAGUGGUGUUGCAUGGGUAUGAAGCAAUUAAGGAAGCCCUGAUUGAUAUGGGAGAAGAGUUUUCUGGAAGAGGUCAUUUCCCACUGCUUGAAAGAUCUAAGAAAGGAUUUGGGGUCGCUUUCAGCAAUGGAAAGAUGUGGAAGGAGACCAGGCGCUUCUCACUCAUGACCCUGCGGAAUUUGGGGAUGGGGAAGAGGCGCCUUGAGGACCGAGUUCAGGAGGAAGCCAGCUGCCUAGUGGAGGAGUUGAGAAAAACGAAGGCCUUGCCCUGUGAUCCCACUUUCAUCACGGUUUAUGCUCCCUGCAAUGUGAUAUGCUCCGUUAUUUUCCAGAAUCGUUUUGAUUAUAAUGAUCAGAAUUUUCUUAAUUUGGUUAAAAAAUCAACUGAAAACGUCAAGAUUGUGAGCUCCCCUUGGAUUCAGGUCUGUAAUGCAUUCCCUUUGCUCAUUGAUUAUUUCCCAGGGAGUCAUAAGAAAUAUAUUAAGAAUGAUGCUAAUGUAAAAAGUUAUAUUUUGGAGAAAGUGAAAGAACACCAAGAAAGCUUGGACAUUAACAAUCCUCGGGACUUUAUCGAUUGUUUCCUGAUCAAAAUGGAACAGGAAAAGCAUACUCAACAGUCUGAAUACAGUGUUGAAAAUUUGUUGAACACAGUACAUGAUCUGCUUGGAGGAGCGUCACAGACAACAAGCACCACCUUGAGAUACGGACUCCUGCUUCUGCUAAAGCACCCAGAGGUCACAGCUAAAGUCCAGGAAGAGAUUGACCACGUGGUUGGCCAAAACCGGAGCCCCUGCAUGCAGGACAGGAGCAGCAUGCCCUACACGGAUGCCGUAGUGCACGAGAUCCAGAGAUACACUGACCUCCUCCCCAUGUCCCUGCCCCGCAGGGUGACCCGUGACAUUAAAUUCAGGAACUGCCUCAUCCCCAAGGGCACAACCAUAUUAACUGCACUGUCUUCUGUGCUCCAUGACAACAAAGAAUUCCCUAACCCAGAGAUGUUUGACCCUGGGCACUUUCUGGAUGAGAGUGGCAACUUUAAGAAGAGUGAUUACUUCAUGCCUUUCUCAGCAGGAAAACGAAUGUGUCUGGGAGAAGGCUUGGCCCGCGUGGAGCUGUUUUUAUUCCUGACCACCAUUUUACAGAAAUUUACCUUGAAGCCUCUGGUUGAUCCAAAACAUAUUGACACCACCCCAGUGACCAAUGGCUUGGCCUCUGUGCCACCCUCGUAUCAGCUCUGCUUCAUUCCUGUCUGAAAAAGCCAUACUGUCAUACUGCUCCCCUCCUGUACUUGCAAAUCCCCUGCACUGGGGCGUCGUUAACUCCUUCCCUUUAGUUUUCUUGAACUCUCCUCUCCAUAUCCCCUAUUUCUUCAAGAUCUAAAGAAUAUCCACUCUAUUAAGGGGAAUUUUUGUGUUUCAUGAAAUAAAUUUAUCUCUUGUUCUCCAUUUUCUGUAAUACUUAUAUUGAUCAUCAUGGCUUAAUCUUUCCCUGACUGAAUUCUUUCUGUUAUCACUCUCAAACAGAGCAAAGAAUGAUUUUUUUUCUGUUGCUAUCAAGCUCUUUCUGACUCCUGGUGACCCCAUGUGUCAGAGUACAACUGUGCUCCAUAGGUGUUUUCUAUGGUUGAU